CGGAGAGCGGUGAACGGAGAUCGUGUCUGUGCACCCAAAGAAGAAAAAAGCCAAAAAACGUGUGUAAACAAAACAAACCAAAGGAGAGUGUAGUGCAUUAAAUGGACAACGAGUGGAACCAAUAGCUUAUGGAUGGCAACAACAAAAAAAUACAACAUUAAAGCAAAAGCACCCAGAAGAUCCAUUUUAACAUUCCAUUCCGGCGGCGGAAUGGAGUGAAAGAAAUCGAUCACCUUGGGAUGGUGGGGUGGUGGGAGAAAAAAAAACACGAGAAAAAAAACAAACGCAAACAGUGCCCGCUUUCCUGCCUUUCACGUACCCCGGGGUUCUUAUUUGUCUGCUAUUUCUUCACCGUGUUUAACGUUAGUUAGGUAAAACUGGUACAUUCGUCCAGCAUCUCUACCACGGCUCCGUAGCACGGGGCGACCGCCAGCGCACAACAAAACACAAAGCAAACAAUGUACGGCAAAAGUAAUCGGUUAUGUGCUAAACUGUCCAGCGCAUUUCUUCGAAAGUGGUGGUUCGUGAUAGCGUUCGCGCUAAGCCUGCUGGUGCUUGGCGUUCUAGUCACAUUCGGAUUCACGGCCUUUAUCAGAACGAUCAUCGAUCACCAGGUGGCACUGAGGGUGGGCGGACAAUCGUUCGGCUGGUGGUCCCGACCACCGGUAGAACCGAUCAUCCGCAUCUUCGUCUACAAUGUCACGAACGCGGACGAGUUCCUGAACAACGGCACCAAACCCAUACUGGAUGAACUUGGACCAUACGUUUACGUUCAAACAUGGGAAAAGGUCAACAUAAAAGAAAACCCGAACGGCACCAUCAGCUACAACCAGAAGCGGGUGUACAUCUUCAACGAGGACCUGUCCGGCGGUCUGGAGGAUGAUGUAGUCAUCGUACCGAACAUCCCGAUGCUGAGCGCCACGUCGCAGAGUAAACAUGCCGCACGGUUUCUACGACUAGCGAUGGCGAGCAUUAUGGACAUCCUGAAGAUAAAACCGUUCGUCGAGGUGUCGGUCGGUCAGCUGCUGUGGGGCUACGAAGAUCCACUGCUCAAGCUGGCGAAGGACGUGGUGCCGAAGGAGCAGAAGCUACCGUACGAAGAGUUCGGUCUGAUGUACGGCAAAAACAGCACCUCGAGGGACACUGUGACCGUUUGGACCGGUGUGGACGAUAUCAAUCAGUACGGCAUCAUUGACAAGUAUAACGGCCGUUCCCAUCAAACGCACUGGCUGUCGGAGCAGUGUAACCGGCUGAACGGUACCGACGGUUCGAUCUUCCCACCGCGCAUCACCAAAAAUUCCACACUCCACGUGUACGAGAAGGAUCUGUGCCGGCUGUUGCCGCUCAGCUUCGAGAAGGAGGUGACCGUACGGGGUGGCGUCAAGGGGUACCGGUUUACACCGUCACCGGAUGUGUUUGCCUCGGUUGAGAAGAACCCGAACAACAUGUGCUACUGUCCGGCCGGUCCACCGUGUGCACCGCAUGGUCUGUUCAAUGUAUCUCUUUGCCAGUACGACUCGCCAAUUUUGCUCAGUUUUCCGCAUUUCUACAUGGCUGACCAAACGCUACGAACGGCAGUGGAGGGCAUUUCGCCGCCCGAAAAAGACAAGCACCAGCUGUUCAUCGAUGUGCAACCGGACAUGGGCACGGCGCUGAGGGCACGUGCCCGCAUCCAGAUCAACCUUGCCGUCAGCCAGGUGGUGGACAUCAAACAGGUCGCCAACUUCCCGGACAUCGUCUUCCCCAUCCUAUGGUUCGAGGAGGGUAUCGAUUCACUGCCGGACGAGAUACUGGACCUUAUGAAGGUGGCAACGAAUUUACCGCCCCGGGCCAAGUUCAUACUGACGAUAGCACUGUUCGCGCUCGGCGGUUUCCUGUUCGUCGUGGCCGUUAUCUGUCUCGUGCGAAAGUCUCACCGCCAGAGCACGCUGCACCUGGAAAAUUCGAACUAUAUAGCCACCGCGGCUGUCGAUCAGGCCAAAAAGAAGGCCAAAAUGGACAACGCAAUGAACAGCAAGAACACAAUGGAUGUGAAGUUGUUGAAAACAAAUAAAAACCAGAUUGAACUUCCCGCUCGAAAAAAGCGUGGAAACGCAAAAGCACUAUCUAUCAUAUGCGUUAGUACCACAAUAUCUAUUUUAUGCUUCACAAUCGGGCUGUUCUUACACAACUAUAAAUUAACCCAGCUGAUACUGGAAGAUCGUCUAACGAUGCGACAAAUUAUGCCAUACUUCCAAUGGUGGCAAAACACCGACGACGUACUGGUUACGUGUCGAAUAUUCAUCUUCAACGUUACCAACUCCGACCGCUGGAUGGAUGGGGUAGACGAUCAGCUAAUGCUGAGCGAAGUGGUGCCCAUCGUGUACCGUGAAACACUGGAGCAUGAUAACAUUACGUUUCACGCGCACAACUCCACCAUGUCGUACGUCACCAGGAGACGGUUGGUGUUUUUGCCGGACCGCAAUGUCCCGGGAAUACUGAACAAAACUAUCAUCGUGCCGAACAUUGCUGCGCUGGGUGUUGCUGCUAGAAUGGAGGAUAACAAUUUCUUUAUUAAGCGUACUCUCAAUUUAAUAAUCACCAUGUCGGACGAUAAAGUCUUCAGCCGUAUGACAAUUUACGACUACUUGUGGAAAACAAAUCCACCAUUUCUGGACAAUGCCAGAAGGAUCGUCCCAAGCAUGGUGCCCUCCGAUAAUGUUGGCGUGUUAAAAACGAUGUACGAGGAUAACGAGGAGCAUGUAAACGUGCGGCACGGGAAACGCUACGGCGACGAGCAGUUUUUCAUGAUGAACACGUACGAGUAUGAACCAACGGUGCCAGGCUUCAGUCUCGCCAAUGGUGACUGUUUCGCCUCGAUCCAGAACUCCUCCGAGGGUGCGACUUAUCCACAAAACCUGAACGAAGACUCGGUGCUGAUCUACUGGCGCAAAACGCUGUGCCGUGCAGUGCCACUGUACUUUGAGCGCCGUGUACAAAAAGGUCCACUGACGGGGUACAAGUACACACUGCCCGAUGAUUCGUACGAUCGCUUGCCGAACAGUACAGCCGACUGCUAUAAAGGGCAGUAUGGUUUGCUUGAGGAUGGAAUGACGGACACUUCCAAAUGUUCACAUGAUGUUCCCAUCGUCGCCACAAGUCCGCACUUUUAUGCACGCAAUUUCUCCAACGCACAUAAGAUAACGGGCAUGAAGCCAAACCGGGAAGAACAUCAAAGCUACACAAUUGUCGACCCAUCCUUCGGAAUACCGUUGGAUCAGUGUGCCCGAACACAAACUAAUCUGGCCAUACCGCAGCUUACCGGAUACGCGCCCGAAAUCAAACGCUUCAGCAACAUGAUCAUACCGUUGUUCUGGAUUGAAUAUCAUCAAAAAGAACUACCAUCGUACAUCGUGCGCACGCUACAGGCCUUCUACGUAAUACGGGACGUCGAGCCAUACAUGCCGUACGUGCUAUACCUCGCCUCUAUACUACUGCUGACGGUUGCGUUCCGUGAGGCAGCACGCUACAAAAUGCAACACAAAAUAACGCCUACGAAGUCUACAAAACCGCACCGGACCAGUUUUUAG